AUGGCUCUGUCUUGCGGUGGUAACUUCCUCAGAUUCCUUGUCUUCUUCUUCAAUGCCAUUGUCUUUAUCGGAGGUGGCGUGAUUGCCGGUUUCGGUAUCUACCUCUUGGUUGAGACUAACAAGUCUGGAGGUACAGUGUCUAUGGUCCUUCCUGCCUUCAUUACUGCCUUUGGUCUGUUGCUAUUUCUUAUCGGUUUCAUGGGAUGCUUCGGGGCUUGCUAUAACAACCCCUGCAUGCUAAAAACGUUUGCAGCCAUUGUUGGUAUUCUGCUGAUCGCAGAGAUCAUAUGUGGCAUUGUUCUUCUUGCCUAUCGUCACGACUUCGUUCGCCUUGUUGGGGAAAAAUUGAAAGAAGCGAUUAAAGGGUUGGGAAGUGGAUCUCUUUCAGGCUCCGACCCUACACUGAAAGCUCUUUAUGAACUGCAAAUGAAGCUAAAUUGCUGCGGUGGAACUGGUCCAGGUGAUUGGAGCGCUAUUCCUCCAUCUUGCUGUGGUAGAAAGACUGGAUCCUGCACGCAUCCCUUCAAAACUGGUUGCGCUGAAGCCAUGUAUAACGAGAUAAAGGAUUCUGCCCUGGUCUUCGGCAUCAUAAUUAUCGUCAUUGGCCUCAUUCAAGUCGGCGCUAUUAUCUGCGCUGCAUGUCUGGCUAAGAAGGUCGGCGAAUAUGAGAAGGUCUAG